AUGGCCAGCCUCAGAACCUUCUCCAGACUCGCGCGCCCUGUGCGACCGUCCGUCUCCCUUCGCCCGGCCGCCAGCCUGUCACCAGCCUCUUCAAUCUCAUGCCAGAAGCGGUUGCACUCCCAGAAGCACCCCAAGGGCUUCACUCCCCCCUCACAAGAGGAGCUGGAUGAGCUGCGCGAGCGCGUCCACGACUUCACCCGCCGCGAGAUCCCCGAGGAGCUGGCCGCCAAGACCGACAAGACAAAUGCCUUCCCUAUGGAAAUGUGGGAGAAGCUGGGCGAGGCGGGGUUCCUAGGCGUGACGGCUGACGAGGACUACGGCGGUCUGGGCAUGGGCUACCAGGCGCACUGUAUCGUGCUGGAGGAGAUGUCGCGCGCCUCUGGGUCGAUUGCGCUGAGCUAUGCCGCCCACUCGCAGCUGUGCAUCAACCAGAUCUCGCUCAACGGCACUCCCGAGCAAAAGGAAAAGUACCUGCCCGGCCUCAUUGCCGGCACCAGCGUCGGCGCCCUGGCCAUGUCAGAGUCUGGGUCCGGCUCCGACGUCGGCAUCAUCCGCACCGAGGACUGUGCCGGCGCCAUUCUCUAUGCCGCCGAGAGGGCGACGGAGUGCACGCUGGACUGCAUCCAGCUGCUGGGUGGCAUGGGCUACACCGAGGAGAUGCCGGCAUCUCGAUUGCUGAGAGAUGCGAAGCUGUACGAGAUUGGAGCCGGCACAUCGGAGAUUCGCAGAAUGGUGAUUGGGCGCGCCUUUAAUAAGCAGUAUGCCAAUGCUUGA